AUGGCUCUCCCUCCGAAAUGGUACCAGUUCCUGGUCUGCGUCUUCGCCUCGCUCGGCUCCGUGCUUUACGGCUACGACUUGGGUGUUAUUGCAGAGGUCAUUGCCAGCCAGUCCUUCACGAAGAUGUUUGGUGACAAUGAUAACGAGCACGGAGCCGUCGUCUCCAUCUUCACCGGUGGCGCCUUUUUUGGCGCCAUGUUCGCCGGUGUCACCAACGACCUGAUCGGACGUAAACUGACCAUCCUUACUGGCUCUCUGGUUUUCUGCUUGGGUGGCGGUCUGCAAACCGGUGCUCAGACAAUUGAUUACCUGUACGCUGGCCGUUGUCUUGCCGGAGUCGGCGUCGGUUUCCUCGUCAUGGUCGUCCCUUUAUACCAAGCCGAACUGGCCCAUCCCAGCAUCCGUGGUCGAGUGACCGCUCUCCAGCAGUUUAUGCUUGGAAUUGGCGCUCUCGCUGCUUCUUGGAUCUCCUGGGGAACAUACAUUGGCUAUGCCGAAGACGACAACCGCCAGUGGCGCGUCUCCCUCGGUAUCCAGGUCGUUCCGGCCGCUCUGCUGGCCCUCCUUAUCCUGCUAUUCCCCGAGUCUCCUCGCUGGUUGAUGGACCAUGGAAAGCCCGAGCUGGCUUUGAAGACCCUGGCACAAUUGCACGCUCAUGGCGACGAGAACGACGCAUGGGUGCGCGCCGAGUUUGAGCAGAUCCAGGAGGCCAUUACCAUCGAGCAUGAGCACGAGGCCAAGUCGUACUUCGAACUGUUCACCGACAAGUCCUGCUUCCGCCGCCUCUUCAUCGCUAUCUCUUUGCAGGCAUCCGUCCAGAUGACUGGUGUUAGCGCCAUCCAGUACUACUCCGUCGACAUCUACGGUCAAAUCGGCAUUGCCGGAGACGACACGCUCAAGUACCAGGCCAUCAACUCUAUCAUCGCUCUCGUUGCUCAAUUCUUGACCAUCCUCUUCAUUGACAAGACCGGCCGCCGCUGGCCGCUCAUCUUCGGCAACUUGGGCAACAUGGUGACCUUCAUCGUCGCCACAGCCCUGCUUGCCGUCUUCCCCCCUGGUUCCAGCGGCAAUCUCUCUGCCGGUUGGGGCUUCAUCGCCAUGACUUGGCUGUACAAUUUCUGCUUCUCUUGCACGUGCGGUCCUCUCUCUUGGAUCAUUCCCGCCGAGAUCUUCGACACUCGCACUCGCAGCAAGGGCGUCGCCAUCGCCACUAUGACUUCGUUCGCCUUCAACACCAUGAUCGGCCAGGUCACGCCCAUCGCCCUCAAGGCCAUCGGCUGGAAAUUCUACAUCCUGUUCAUCGUCUGCAACUUCACCAACGCUGUCUACUUCUGGGCCAUCCUGCCCGAGACCAAGAAGCGUCCGCUCGAGGAGAUGAACUACCUGUUCACGAACGCGCCGCUCUUCGUCCCUACAAUGGAUAUGUCUGUUGUCCAGACGAACGAUCUCGAGCGCAGAGCCGAGGAGGUGGAGCGCAAAGGCAGCAUCGUGCGACAGCAAGAGGUGGUCGGACACUAA